GCCGUGCGCGGCUCCCCUGAGGCGGGCGGGCGGCCGGGCCGGGCGGAGGCCGCGGCCGAGCCGGGGGCUCGCGUAGAUGUGCAGCCCGGGCGAGGCUCCCCCUGGGCCGGCCCCGGCCGGGGACCUGCCCCCGGAGUGGGAGACGGAUGACGAGCGCAUGGCCUUCCUGUUCUCGGCCUUCAAGCAGAGCCGCGAGGUGAACAGCACCGAGUGGGACAGCAAGAUGGCCUUUUGGGUCGGGCUGGUUCUGGCCCGCGGCCGGCGGCGGGGCGCGGUGAGGACGUGCCUGAGGGAGCUGCAGAACGGCUUCGAGCGGCGGGGCAGCGUGCCCCUGGGGCUCGGCACCGUCCUCAGGGAGCUGCUGAGACGUGGGAAGCUCCAGAGGGAGUCGGACUUCAUGGCCAGUGUAGACAGCAGCUGGAUCUCAUGGGGUGUGGGAGUUUUCAUCCUGAAGCCCCUCAAGUGGACCCUGUCCAGUGUCCUGGGGGACAGCAAAAUUCCUGAGGAGGAGGAGGUUCUGAUUUACGUGGAGCUGCUGCAGGAGAAGGCAGAGGAAGUUUAUCGCCUCUACCAGAGCUCUGCCCUCUCUUCCCACCCCGUGGUCGCCCUCUCCGAGCUCCGCUCCCUCUGCGCCGGCCUCUGCCCGGAUGAAAGGACCUUCUACUUGCUGCUGCUCCAGCUGCAGAAGGAGAAGAGGGUCACCAUCCUGGAACAGAAUGGAGAGAAGAUUGUGAAGUUUGCCCGAGGCCUCCACGCCAAGGUGUCCCCCAUGAAUGAUGUGGACAUUGGAGUUUAUCAGCUGAUGCAGAGUGAGCAGCUGCUGUCACAGAAGGUGGAGUCCCUUUCCCAGGAAGCAGAGAAGUGUAAAGAGGACGCCAGGAGUGCUUGCAGGGCUGGGAAGAAGCAGCUGGCCCUGAGGUGCCUCAAGUCCAAGCGGAGGACGGAGCGGCGCAUCGAGGAGCUGCACUCCAAGCUGGAUGCGGUGCAGGGAAUCCUGGAUCGGAUCUACGCCUCCCAGACCGACCAGAUGGUUUUCAAUGCCUACCAGGCUGGAGUGGGAGCUCUGAAGCUUUCCAUGAAGGAUGUGACUGUGGAGAGGGCAGAGAACCUGGUGGAUCAGAUCCAAGAGCUUUGUGACACUCAAGAUGAAGUGGCCCAGACUCUGGCUGGAGUGGGGAUCAAUGGUCUGGCAGAGAUGGACUCUGAGGAGCUGGAGAAGGAGCUGGACAGUCUCCUGCAGGACUCCAGCAAGGAUUCCCUGGAUCUGCCUCCCGUUCCCCAGAAGGUGCUGAGUGCCUCCAUCUCCGAUGCCGAGCUGGAAGCUGAGCUGGAGCAGCUCUCUGUGUCUGCUGGAGAUCUGGCACAAAAGACUCCCUCUGCUUCUUCUGAACCCAAAACAGCUCUGGGACUGAGCCUCUGAAGAGCCAACAGAAUCCUGUUGCUGCAGUUUGGGAAGUGUCUCAAUGUUCCUUAACUGAUGACCAGAACUUCCAAGGAGAGGGGGACACCCCCUGUCCUCCUGGAUCUGUCUUUGCUCAGCAGCAGGAGCUCCUGCCAUGACAAUCCACUCUGGACCUGGCCCCAGCUGGUGUUUGUCAUCUCUGUGCCAACAUCUGCUCUCGACCUGCCUCGUGGCCCCAAGUCCCUGCCACAUCCAGUCUUCCCUCCUGGGAACACGACUCCAGCCACGAUGAACUCUUCUGUGUCCAUACCAGUGCUCGGUUUUGGGUUUGAUUUUGAUUUCUCUUCUUUUGCUGUGGCUGAUGUUGAGAAUCUGGGUAGCAGCAGCGUUGCAGUGGCUCAA